AUGGGCUCUCCGUGGAGCUUUGGCGUUUACAAGUCGUCGAAAUUCCUCCGUAGUUCCACCACAUUCGCAUGGCAAAAACUACCAUUGAGGGUCGUGAACGCCAGAGGGCUGAUCAGGCUUCGGCCGCAUGUGCUGCUCUCCCGUCGUUCUAAGGUACAGCCGACAGCGUUGACAUGGGUGAGUAGGUGGCUGCUAUCCACAGUCGCCUGCUCAAUCGUCAGCGCGACAUCUCUCGACGAUUGCUUACGUUUUCUCGCUCGCGAUGAACGCUUUGCCGUGAUUCCAAAAACCGAUGCUGAUUUCACCGUGAGGCUUAAUCAACCUCUAAGAAGUAAUGAGCUUUGGUUCGUCGCGAGAUUUUCUUCCUGCGGACGAAUGUUUGAUUGA